CAUUAAUUGAGGAGCGAUGAUUUGGUUUGCUCUCUCUUUUUGACAUUAACCCCUCUCUGCCUCUCUCCCCCAUAAGUAGUAGCUCAUCCUAGACCUUCUCUGCACACACACUACCCUAAAAACCAUCUAUCUUCCUCUGUGUUCUUGCUUUUUCCGUGGGAGUAGAGAGAUGGGUCUUGUGGCUGUUGUAUGCUUCGUGGCUAUGGCUUCGGUUUUGAAGCCGGGUGAAGCUAGAAUCCCCGGGGUUUACACUGGCGGGGGGUGGCAGAGCGCACAUGCUACUUUCUAUGGCGGCAGUGACGCCUCUGGAACUAUGGGUGGGGCUUGUGGGUACGGAAACUUGUACAGCCAAGGUUACGGUGUGAACACGGCGGCGCUGAGCACGGCGCUGUUCAACAAUGGGCUGAGUUGUGGGGCAUGCUUCGAGCUCAAGUGUGCCAACGACCCAGAAUGGUGCCAUUCCGGGAGUCCCUCCAUCUUAAUCACCGCCACCAACUUCUGCCCACCGAACUACGCUCUUCCCAGCGACAAUGGUGGCUGGUGCAACCCUCCUCGCCCCCACUUCGACCUCGCCAUGCCUAUGUUCCUCAAGAUCGCCGAGUACCGCGCCGGCAUCGUCCCAGUCUCUUUCCGCCGGGUGCCGUGCCGAAAGCAAGGAGGAAUCAGAUUCACGAUCAACGGCUUCCGUUACUUCAACUUGGUUCUGAUCACCAACGUGGCGGGUGCAGGUGAUAUAGUGAAGGCUAGCGUGAAAGGAUCUAAAACCGGGUGGAUGAGCUUGAGCCGCAACUGGGGUCAGAACUGGCAAUCUAAUGCAGUUUUGGUUGGUCAGUCACUCUCCUUCAGGGUCACAGGGAGUGACCACCGCACCUCCACCUCAUGGAACAUCGUGCCCUCCAAUUGGCAAUUCGGCCAAACUUUCUCGGGAAAAAAUUUCAGGGUCUGAUUCAAAUUUCCCACGCUUCUACAAGACCAAAAUCCCUAGACUAUGCCUUUUCUUUUUCUAUCUAUUUUGUUUGUUUUUUUUUAUUUUUGUGUUUUUGUUGGAAUUUUGAAAGUGGAGAGUGAAGAGGUAAAAGAGUGGGAAAAAUGAGAGGGAGAGUCGGGAUUUGGUGUAACUUUUUUCUUUUGUCUGGUUUUGAUGGUGAAAUGGAAAAAAGGAGGGGGGAAGCGAAAAGUGAAAACUUGGGGAGCUGAAGCGGCUGCAAAGAUAUAUCGCCCGCAGCUGCCUUUCUUUAAUAUAUUUUACCUUACUUACC